UGUGGUUGACCGGGGUUCGCCUAGGGGGCGAGGCGGUCGCCCCUCGAUGCCUCUUCAUCCGCGCAUGGACGACCACCUCAGCCUCCUGCAGUCACCGCCGCCGAGCGCAACCAAGACACGAGGCGACAACUUGGUGAACCACGGAUACACGGAGAGCGAGGCCGACGUGAUGACGGUGGUGGCGUGCGACAUGCUGGAGGAGUCUGCCGCUCUGCCGGGCCACCACUCUCUGGACCGAUACGAGCCCGAUCACGAAUGCUGCGAGCGGGUCGUCAUCAACAUUUCAGGGCUGCGCUUCGAGACGCAGCUCAAAACUCUCUCCCAAUUUCCAGAAACCCUUCUGGGGGACCCCAAAAAGAGGAUGAGGUACUUUGAUCCCCUCAGGAAUGAGUACUUUUUUGAUCGGAACCGACCUAGUUUUGAUGCCAUCCUGUAUUACUACCAAUCAGGCGGGCGCAUCAGGAGACCCGUGAAUGUGCCCAUUGACAUUUUCUCUGAGGAGAUCCGGUUCUACGAGCUGGGUGAGGAGGCGAUGGAGAAGUUCAGGGAGGAUGAAGGCUUCAUUAAGGAGGAGGAGCGGCCGUUACCCGUUAAUGAGUUUCAGAGACAGGUGUGGCUGCUUUUUGAGUACCCGGAAAGCUCGGGUCCCGCCCGGGGCAUCGCGAUCGUGUCCGUCCUGGUCAUUCUCAUCUCGAUUGUCAUCUUCUGCUUGGAGACACUGCCGGAAUUCCGGGAUGAGAACAGAGACCCGAUCACCAUCGCACCCGUUAUCAACGGCACCCUCCCGUAUCUCAUCAGCCCCUUCUCAGACCCGUUCUUUGUGGUGGAGACGCUGUGCAUCAUCUGGUUCUCCUUCGAGCUGCUGGUGCGCUUCUUCGCCUGCCCCAGCAAAGCCACGUUUUCGCAGAACAUUAUGAACAUCAUAGACAUUGUGGCCAUCAUUCCAUACUUCAUCACGUUGGGGACAGAGCUGGCGGAGCGGCAAGGAAACGGCCAGCAGGCCAUGUCGUUAGCCAUUCUGCGCGUAAUCAGGCUGGUUCGCGUGUUCCGCAUCUUCAAACUGUCGCGUCACUCCAAGGGGCUUCAGAUUUUAGGACAAACUCUCAAAGCCAGUAUGCGCGAACUGGGUCUGCUCAUUUUCUUUCUUUUCAUAGGAGUCAUCCUUUUCUCCAGCGCCGUGUAUUUCGCGGAAGCCGACGACCCGGAUUCGGGUUUUAACAGCAUACCCGACGCGUUCUGGUGGGCUGUCGUCACUAUGACCACCGUGGGCUACGGAGACAUGCACCCGGUGACAAUCGGGGGGAAAAUAGUCGGGUCUCUGUGCGCAAUCGCCGGCGUGCUCACGAUCGCCCUGCCCGUGCCCGUCAUCGUCUCCAAUUUCAACUACUUCUACCACAGAGAGACAGACGGGGAGGAGCAGGCGCAGUACCUACACGUGGGCAGCUGUCAGCCGCUGGCGGACACGGAGGAGCUGAGGAAGACGCGCUCCUCUUCCUCGCUCAGUAAAAGCGAGUACAUGGUGAUCGAGGAGCACGGAAUCAACAGUGCCUUCAGACAGCAGCCCAACUUCCCCACCACGCCGCAGAACAACUCGCAGAACUGCGUGAACAUCAACAAAAAGAUUUUCACCGACGUGUAAAGAAAACAAAGAGCGCGCGCGCGAGAGAGAGAGACAGAAAGAAAGAGAGAGAGAGUUAACGACCCGCGAGCGCACCGGCAGGCGUGAUGUGUGAACGCACAGCGUGGAUGUGCCUUUGCGCACCGGCGCGUAAAGGCAGCGGCACAUCGGAUGGAGAAAAAAAUAAAAAUAAAUAAUAAAGUAGAGGAGACACACAAAAGAGGAAAGACAGCGUUUAGUUGUGCUGCAUUCAAACAAAUCAGGAUUUUUCAUUCAAUUAAUCUGAAAUCGCAGUUCUGUGUGAUUCCAUUCGCGCUUGUGGACAGAAAACUCCUUAAAUUAGUGACGGAGCUGACCUGUUUAGACGAAAUAUAUUCAGAGCAAGCAGAUAGAUGCUUCAAAACCGUGAUCGAAUGCUAAUUUAAGGACACACAUUGUAAUAACAUGCGUUAAGAAGUCGUGAUUCGUCAGUCAUAGCCUAUAUAUAAUAAUCCAAAAUCAUUUUAAUAUGUGUGCGUUUAAAACACAUAUAUUGUCUGAAUAAAUAAAUAAAAAAAAUACACGUUCCAGCAUAUAUUAUCUUAAUUAGACCGUCCUGUGGUUAUGCCUUUAUUGUGCGUUAAGGUCUAGUCCCAAAUGUGGUUUGGUAAAUAAUCCCCUCCUUUACUGUCACAUUAAAACACACAGCCUCGUUGUGGGUGCAGGACACGCGGAGACACACACACACGCACGCACAUAGAGCGAUCAAAGAUGGAGCGUGCUUCUCUUUGGAUGCCGAAAAUAUAGCCCGCUGUGAUGCAGUCUCCAUGGUGACGGCCGUUUCCUCGGUAAUCUCAGUCAUCGUUGCCAUGGCGCCCCUGUUUCCAGAGUAACCUCCCAGAUGGCUUGGAUGCUAUAGUUUAGAUUGUCAUCGAAAGAAAGAGAAAAAAGAAAAUCACUCUGGGCAGAUUUUUCAAAAAGAAGAAGAAACAAAUCGGAAGGAGUGGAUGGAGAAGAAGGCAGCGCGCGCGCGAUGGAUUCUUGUGAAUGGACGUGUGCGCUACUGCCAGCGCUCACCAGAGGUCGCUGUUGCCCCACGGAUAAAAUUGGUGUAUGCUGUUACAGUUUUUUAAACCUCAGACCUCCUGGAACCCCCGAUGACCUCCUAAAAUCAGCCUCCAAUUUAAGUGUGUGAUGACUGCGGUCUUCCACUUUUGUCACAGGGCUAAAGAAUCAAAACAGAACAUCUUCUGCAUUACUUUCCCCAAUUAGCUUCCCCGUUCUCCCACCCAGCUUGUGUCUUCAGUCCUGGACGCCCCUCCCCGGUCAAAAAUACAACAAAAUGC